AUGCUAGAGUUGCCAUGCUGUGGAGAUGUGGACACCAACACACUGGGACUAAAGACUCUAAUGGUUUGUCUUUCUGUUUUAGUUCUGGCAGAGACCGAUGGGAAUCCGACUGCUCUUCGUGUGGUGAAUGGGACACUGGGUCAAUCAGUCACAUUGCCAGGAUAUGUGCCAGGAGAAAACACUUCAGUCAUUACUUGGGACUACACAAAUUUAUCUAAUCAAAAAACGUUUCCAUUAUGUGAGAAAUAUAAAAACAGUCCAACAGAUUGUACCAGAGAGAGAAUCACGUUAAACCUGAAGGACAAUAGCCUGGAAAUACAGAACCUAACAGACAGUGAUGAAGGUCUGUACGAAAUAUAUGCAAGGACUAAUAAAGGCGUCCAUAAAGAGAUGACGGAACUGCGAAUUUAUGAAUCUAUAUCAGCACCGGUAAUAAGUAUCAGCAAGUUAAUCUCACAUGAGGUAUGUAACAUUAGUUUGCACUGUUUAGUGGAGCGUGGCACGGAGCCAGUUUACACUUGGUGGACAGGAGAUGAUGACAUCACGGCCAAUGAGUCUCAUGUACUGAUUGAUGGAGGGAGAAGUCUGGAAUUGUCCGUAAGGCUGAGUGAUAACAACACAGUGUACAACUGCACAGUGAGGAACCCUGUCAGUGAGGCAACUAUGAGUGUGGAUCUCAGAAACCUCUGUCAAGACACUGAAGGUGAGAAGCUACUGAGGCCACUCCACAUUGGUUUAAUUAUUGCUGCUGUUCUGAUAUUUUUCCUCGUGGCUAUCCUUUUCAUGCUGUAUUGGAACAGAGAACCCAAGGUCAAUGAAGCUGCUAACACUGAGGGGAGAAGUGAAUCAGUGCUGUAUGCUGUGAUCAGGAGAGCAAACCUUGCCAGGGACCAGCCACAGGGACAUUUACAUCAACUGGAUGCCAAUGAAGGACAUCAAAAUCCAAGGGCACAGCUCACAACGAUAUACGAUGAGAUAAAAUACAAUCCUGAUUUGAACACAUUGUUGGCAGCAACGAGCAUGGAUCAGAAGUUCAACACUGAAAGCUGAUCAUCCACCACAUGAAACAUAAACAUGGCAUUGAAGUGUCCUUUAAUCCCAGCAAUUUUUAUGCUCAGCAACUUUCGGCACUGCCUACAGCUGACACAACUGGCUUGCACACCGGGACAGCAGACCAGGCAUUGGAACAGGCUUGCAAGGAGAAUCCAAUUUGGAAGGACUGGGAGAAGCUGGACAGAUUUAAGUAAGAAAUGUUGGAAAUACACAGCAAGGUGAUGAGUUCUAAGGUGCAGGCAUGGUUUAUACCUCACAGAUGAGUUAGGAAUAAGUGUGAUGGAUGGAUAGCUUUCACUGAAGGAAGAUCAGGGAAGACUCACUAGGUUCAUUCAUGGAAUCAAAGGGUUACCUUAUAAGGAAAGAUUGGGUGGGCUGAAUCUAACCUGAUCGGAGGUUAUACAGUAAACCCCUGACUGUACUAAUGAUUAAGAUUCUGCAUAAAUUUGACAAGAUCGAUGCUGAGGUGAUGUUUCUUCUCAUGGUGAAUCUAGUUUGAGGAAAUAUCACAGUUUAAGGUGGCAAUGAAGUGGAGUUUCUCCUCAAGAGAUUGUAAACAUCUGGACUUUGUGGAGGCUGAAUCAUUGUGUAUUGCAAGGCUGCAAAAUCCAGAUUUUUAGUCUACAGUUAGUCAAGGGUUACGCAGGAAACUUGAGCUAAGCCAAAGCCUGAUCAGACAUGAUCUUUGGCAGAGGAGCUUGAGGAUUUUGAAGGAAACCACUGCCUCUACAUGCGUAUACUCAGGUAGAAGUGCUGUGCGUGAGCUGUCAGCCACAGUGUAUUUCCACCAUUUCCUAUUUGUUAUGGUUAUCGUUCAGCCAUGACAUUCUGUAUUUUAUUUAAUUAACUUUUUUUACUCAUGCAUUUCUCUGUAUGAUGGUGAUAUGUUUGCUCUUUUCCAACACAAAUAUAUUCUCAUUUUGUUAACAAAGCAUUUGGAAUUGGUAUGGCUUUAAACAAAGGUGCUCGGUGCUGUGGCUUAGAAAGGGCCCAGUGACAACACUGACCUAGAAAUUCCAGCGUGCCUUGAAGGAUUAAUGCACUGGAAUGGUGAAAAAGCAGUGGAGCUACUACCAGCAAAAAGAAAAGUUGCUGCAGGAACUCAGCAGUUCAAGGAGCAUCUGGUUGUAAGGGUGGAGUGGGGGAGAGGGAGGCAAAAAGAUUGUCA